CCUGACAACACCAGUCGACCGACAUCUAUCCUAGGACAGUCUCCCACCACCAUCUACCCCAGGACACUCUACUACCAACAUCUACUAGACAACAUGCCCUCCCACAAACUAAUUUACUUUGGCGUCCGAGCGAGGGGCGAGCUGAUUCGCCUUGCCUUUGCAGCUGCUGGUCAAACAUACGAAGAGGAUACCAUCACGUUUUCAGAUUGGCCUGCUCUUAAACCAAAGAUGCCCACUGGUCAACUGCCGGUGCUGGAGGUGGACGGAAAGCAGCUGUCACAGAGUAUGGCCAUAGCCCGCUACGUCGGCAGGGAGUUCGGUUUGGCAGGUAAGAACAAUCUGGAGCAAUGUAUGGUCGACCAGGUCAUAGACACGGCUUCAGAUUGCCUCACGGAGUACGUCAAGUCGCACUUUGAAAAGGAUGAGAAAAAGAAGACGGAAAUAAGAAAGACUUUGGUGGAUGAAACUAUUCCUAAGUUUGCCAGAAUAUUCACAACUUUCUUAGAAAACAGCGGAGGCAAAAACGGAUUUUUCGUUGGAUCUGAACUGACGUUAGCAGACCUGGCGUGCCAUGAGGUAUUUACAGACUUUCUCCUGCUGAAUGCAGAUGCUUUGAAAGACUUUCCUAAAUUGGCAGCCAACCGCCAGAAGGUUGAGGAUAACGAAAACGUGAAGCGGUACCUGGCAAAACGUCCAGAGAACACGAUCUAAGAGCCAUAUCAGUUCACGCAUGUUGGCAGCAUUGUCUUUGUUAUUUAAAACUAAAUAAAACUUUAUACAAA